AUGAUAGACUGGCUGGAAGAACAGUGUCGCCUUGUGGAUAAAUGGCAAUCACAGACACCGACUAUCUGCCAAUACUAUCUCGUCCGACACCAGCUAGACACAUAUGAAUAUAACACGCCCUUCUGGUCAGUAACAGAUACUAUGGAGUAUCCGAAGGUCUCACUUAUCAACGAGCCUUCAGAUUAUUUUUCGGCAGGCGAUUAUCUUUCUCGAUUCCCUGAGGACACGGUUCAGCUGGUCGACAACAGCUAG